UUUACAAAUUUUCUUGUUUAUAAUUUCGUUAGGUUUAAAUUAUUGCUCGUAGUCAUUCGUGUAGUUGUUUUAUCAUCGUUGCAAAUCAUUUCUCCAUAACCAAUUUGAUUGAAUGAUAGCUGUGUAUGGUACACAUUCAAGAAAACCAGAAAUGGUAAUUUGAUUGCUCUUGCAAGAAUUAAAAGUACAUAAAUUUAGCUUAGAACAAACAUGUUAGACUGGAAUGAAAUAUACGUGUACUUGCAAGAUAUCGUUCGCGAAACCUUCGACUUGGAUUUAGCGGUUUGGUUAUUAGCACCCUUGGUAAUUAGUUUUUUGCUGCCACUUCUCAUCGUCUUACUUUUCUAUAUCACGGCCAUUAUUCUGUACAUUUAUAAAUUACACAAAGAUACGAUCCGAGAAGCUUAUGAAUCGCAUUUCUGGGACGGAGCGAGAAAAACUGUGGCUGCACUUUGGGAUGCUCAUGGAUGGUUAUGGCAUGGAUACGAAAUAGAAGGUUUGGACAAAAUACCAGAUGAUACGCCAGCGUUAUUCAUUUAUUAUCAUGGAGCAAUCCCGGUGGAUUUGUAUUAUUUCCUUGCACGUGUUUUCCUGCUGAAAAAUAGACUGAUACAUACCGUCGCUGAUAGAUUUCUAUUUCGAAUUCCAGGAUUUUCAAUCAUAUCAGAAGCCUUGAAUGUUAUACCUGGCACAGUUCAGACUUGUUCUAGUAUUCUGAAAGAUAAUAAUUUGCUAGCUAUUUCACCCGGAGGAGUGUACGAAGCUCAGUUUGGUGAUUGUUAUUACCAGUUGAUGUGGAAAAAAAGACUAGGGUUUGCUAAGGUUGCCAUUGAUGCUAAAGUUCCCAUAAUUCCAAUUUUUACGGAAAAUGUACGCGAAGCUUUUCGUUCCAUAACCAUAGGACGGAAAUAUUGGUUGAAAUUAUAUUUACAGACUAGAUUUCCAUUUAUACCGAUUUAUGGCGGAUUUCCUGUCAAGUUACGUACACAUGUAGGUGAACCAAUACCCUACGAUCAGAGUUUGACGCCGGAAGAUCUUCAACUCAAAGUCGCAAAAUCACUCGAACAACUGAUAGGAAAGCAUCAACAAAUUCCAGGAAGUAUCAUGAAGUCACUAUUUCAAAGAGUAUACGUGAAGCAUAAAUCGCUAUAAACGAAAUUAAUUAAAUCUGAAUAUUUUUAUUUGUACGUUACCAAUGUAAAAAAGAAACGAGAAAAAUUUUGUAUUCUUUUUCUUCUUGAUUCUAUUUGUUUUGUUUUAUUUUUUAUUAUUUUUUGUGCAAUCGCUCAUUUCUUUUUCCAUUUUUUAUUUUAACAUGAUUAUUUGAAUCGUGAAAAAGUGAGUUUUCUUAAUGAUUGUUGCAUUGUUAAUUUACGUAUUGCUAACAAUUUCUGUGAUAAUCCAACUGUCUUUUGAACCCUUAGCUAUGUAAAUAGUAGUGAAUGGAACUGAAUCGUACUAGUACUUUUAAGGUAAAAAAAUUAUCAGUAUUUUUUUAAAACUAACGUUAUUUUAUUAUACUAUCCUCUUAUCUCGGUAAAUGAUUUUAAACGCUUCAAUAUUUUACGUAAAUUGUUAUAAAAGUUAUUUUUUUUUCAGAGAGAAAUUGAAAUUGUAUCGAUUUAAUUGGCAUAUACAACUUUUCAAAUUGAUGAAUUUGUUUUAAAACGUACCAUAUUUUAGUUUUUAUCGCUAGUUUAUGUUACCACGCGUAAAUGUGCCGAAAUUGAGAAUGUAACAGUUCUCAAAAUUACGCCCGAAAAAUACGAUCAAUUAAAUAAAUAUUUUAUAACGCGUAGAAUUUUACGCGAAAUAUCAUUAUGUGAUACAAAAUAUUUAUCAAAUCAUUAGUUAGUUAUUCAAUUCGUAAUUUAAAUCUUUCCUAUUUUCUACUUUUAAUACCUACGUAAUUGUUUCCAAGUUGAAUUGUGAAAACGAAUGAUUUGUUACCUAUAUAUUUAUUCUAUUUUUUCUUAUUUGAAUUAUGAUUCAUCAUGAGAAUUUAAAAAAUUCAGGUUUAUUUAAUUUUAAGAUUUUUUUUUUGUUUGUUUUUAAUCAUGAGCCAUGCAGUUAUUUUUAUCUAGAUAUAUCUUCGACGCCCGAGUAAUCGAUACUAGCGUCUGGUUUUAAGAUAAAUUUUUGGUGUCGCUAUAAAUAUAAUGGUGCUUUGACAGUGUUCAUAUUAUGUUACUUUUAUUGACAAUCUGAUUGUUUAAAAGCUAGUAAUGAUGGAAGCGUAUGCAGUAUUCUCCCAGUAUUUUUAAUUUUCUUUAUGUAUUAAUUUUCUAUCUGAAAACUGCUCGCUAGAUAUAAUUUUUACCCAGUAUAAUUGUAUUGAAAGAUACGGUAAGAUAUACUUAUUUUAUUUGUAAUCGAGCGUGCUUGGAAAAUUUUGUUCGCUUAUAUUUAGGUAGGUAAUUUUUUUAUAUUCAGUUGUAAAAAUCGGAAAUUUUUGUGUAUUUUUUGUCUUGUAUGGUAUUUUUUUAUACAUAUAAAAUUGUGCAUUUGUUGUAUUAAAAAACAAUCAAAAACA